CAUUAAUAACUUUUUAAAUUAUCCAUAAUGGACAUUUUUGAGACAGUUGAUAUUGAUACAGGAACCUUCAAGUAUAUCCAGGUACAUGUAGAGAAGGAAGGCGAAGAGCCUGUUAUACUUAUUAGAGGCUAUACCGACUGAGCUUAUCAUGCUGAUAUCCUUUCAAGAUUCCAAAUGAAAGAAAUAUAUGAAAAAGGCCUUGUUGAAUAUGAAUCAUCCUGACCAGGAGGAGGUAGAAUCAAACACGAUGAGGAAGCCAAAACAAUUGAAGUAUACGGAUACUCUCAAGGGUUUGGAAAAGCUGAUCAUGAAGUCACCACUGCUAAACUAAAGGAUAAGUAUCCUGAUUAUGAGAUAACAUGGAGUGAUGAAGGGUACUAAAGAGAUCUUUGUCAGGUAUUAUCCAGUUCAUUAAUA